AUGGGAAACAACGCGUUUGAUAGGAAAAUAUUGACAGAGAAGUUGCGGAAACUCAACAAUUCGCAACAAAGCAUUGAAUCGGUAUCCCGAUUGUGUGUUUCUCACCGGGAGAGAGCAAAAGAUAUAGUUGAAACAUGGAAUAAAUUGUUCAGUUCUUCCCAGAAAGAUCAGCGUGUCCCUUUUCUGAAUUUGGCUAAUGACAUCUUGCAAACUAGUAAGCGCAAAGGCAAUGAGUUCGUCAAUGAAUUCUGGAAAGUUCUGCCAUCAGCUCUCAAGCGUGUAUAUGCAAGUGAUGAGUCAGGAAAGAAUUCAGUUAUCAGGCUUAUUGACAUUUGGGAGGAGAGAAAGGUUUUUGGUUCACUGUCUCAGGGUCUCAAGGGUGAGAUAAUGAGCAAGAGUUCCCUUCCAUCAUCUGUAAGCAAUGGAAAGAAUUCAAAUUCAAAUUCAAAUCCUAUCAAGAUAGCCAAGAGGGACGCCCAAUCAUUGAGAUUAAAACUAGCUAUCGGAUCUUUGCCAGAAAAAAUAAUAACAGCACUGCAUUCUGUAAAUGACGAUCAUCCUAACGAAGAAGCUGCCCUGAACAAGUGUAAUGGUGCUGUAUGUCAAGUGGGUAAGCUUGUAGAAGAUGUUGAAAAUACACUGUCUCAAGGAAAUCAGCUGGGACCCACUUUGGUUCUUGAUUUGCAACAGCAGGAAAAGGAGCUUAAACAAUAUAUGGUGCAACUUGAAAAUGCGGAGGCUGCUAGGGCUACUUUGCUUUCCCAGCUAAAAGAAGCACUGCAGGAACAGGAAUCAAGUCAAGAACGCGUUCACUCUCAAUUGCUAGCUGCACAAAACCAGAUCGAGCGGGUAGCCAGUAUCCGAAAGAGGUUUAUCCAAACACCAGAAGCCACAUGGGUGCCGGAACAGAAUAUUCCACCCGUUCAACCAAACAGCAUCCCUCUUCAGCCUUCUUUGACCCAACCUACUAUGUCGUUUGCUCCUCUCCAAACUAUUGAGGAAGACACCAAGGCUGCAGCAGCUGCUGUUGCUGCUAGGCUUGCCGCCUCUACAUCCUCAGCUCUCAUGCUUACAUCUGUUCUUUCUUCCCUUGUUGCUGAAGAAGCUGCCUCCAUGAAUGGUAGCUUAAACUCUGCCGGGUAUCCUUCACCACCACCCGGUUUCUAUCCAGAGAAAAGACCCAAACUUGAGCGUCACACGCCUGUUUCUGAUAUCAACAGUUCUGAUACCAGGAACUCUUCUUUUUUCGCCACGUUGCAACAGCCUUCUUCCGCAAACGUGUCAUCAACACCACCAACCAUGCAGUCCAUAUCACAAACCAAUCAAUUACAAUCUGCAUUUGCUUCCACACUCCCUCCACCUCCUCAUUCACAGAUGAAUCCUCCAACAAAUCAGUAUGUUCAAUCUACCGGAAUGAUGGUUGGGGGAAUGCCUUAUGGAUAUGGAUCAAACAACCUGCAACCUCCGCCUCCACCACCUUUGCCUCCACAUGUGGCAAUGGGUUUAACCAGGCCCAAUAAUCAACCAUCACAAUCACCUCAGUCACAGGCUCAACAAGUGCCGCCGCAGCAGCAGCAACAACAACAGUCUUCAACUGGAGGAUUUUACAGGUCACCUGGUGUUGGAUUUUAUGGGCAAAGCCAUGCACCACCGCCACCCGCAUCCAGGCAGUGA